AUGGCCACCAAGGUUGACAAAGAGGCUUGCUGGGAGGCCUACAACCUGGCGCGAGACGACGGCUUGGCCGUCAUCUGGGUGACUUUUAAAUAUGAUGGCUCCACCAUCGUCCGUAUCGGGCAAGGAGUGGAAUACCAGCACUUCAUCCCCCAGUGCACAGACGAGAUCUCGUUGCUUGCCUUCGUGUGUGUCACCACGAGGGAUGCCACCCUCAUCAGGUGGAUCGGCAAGAACGUCAAGACCUUGGUGAAGGAGGUCAUACAGGAUUUCACUAAGGAGUUUGUGAUCAGUGAUCAGAAGGAGCUGGAGGGAGAUUUAAUGAAAAGCGAACUGAAGAAGACUGGGGGAAUCAAUUACAACGCCCAGAUGGAGUAACCCCAGCUUCCCCACUGCCCCUUGCCAAAGUCAUCUGUCUGCUCCCCGGGGAAGGGGCCCUCCGGCCUCAGCUACCAACCCACCAGCCCACCAGGGAGAAAAGAAUCCAUGAGAGGCAGUGCCCGCCACCCUGUGUCCACAGCCCCCACCUUCCUGCUUCCCUUAGAACACUGCUGUGUCUUAUCUCAUGAAGCUUGUGGAACCCCUUUCUUUGAUUUUUUUCUUU